AUGAUUCAAGUCAUGCAUAAACAAACAAAAAUUGGUUGUGAUAUGUUUGUUCAAAAAGCAAUUAAUGAAUGUACCCUUUCUCUUGUCAAAAAAUACAUCUCAAGAUAUUAUUCAGAAAAUACUCACCAGUGGGCCCUAUGGGCCUGCCAGCACUUUCCAAUACUUUUACAAAUAACAUUGACAAAUGCUCUGGAGUCAUAUCAUAGCGAGUUAAAAAGAACAACCUCACCUCAAUAUGGUCUGAUCAGUGCAUGCAAUAAGAUUGUUGCACUUGAUCUAAAAAAACAAUCAGAUUCUGAUUAUGUUACGUUCGAAUUUCGUGUUAAAAAAAUUUCUGCUGUCAGUGUUGAAGAUGAUGUUCUUAAAGAAAUUCAUAAGUUUCCUUUUCCUAUUCAGAAAUUAAUAAUCAACGAAGUUCUUGCUUUUAACGAUAGGAUAGAGAAAGGUAAAGGAUUGCCUGGCUUGUUGUCACUUGAAUGUCAUUGUCUUUUUUUUCGCAAAUACAUGCUUCCUUGCAAGCAUAUUCUCCACAAGCAAAUGUAUAGUCUCAGGAAAUUGCUAAUAGCUAAAGCUUGGAAACAAUUUCAACAAAUGUUUGACGAAGGUGGAUUCGAAAUUUAUGAACAUCGUGAGUUAGUAAGGAUAGAAUUUCCUGAAAAAAAUGAAAUCGACAAAGCAGCAGAAAAUAGAAGACUUAUGGUAAAUGAGUUAAUGGAGAGAACACGCAAUGAGUAUUGGAGCAUCGAAGAAAGUGGCGGUGAAAAGGAAAAAGCUGAAUUUAUUCAAAAGUUAAAGUUUUGUUUAGAUUCAGUCUUAAAAAAAUAA